GGCUGUGGCAAGGAAAGGCAACGAAUACCAGAAAAAAAAAGAAAGAAAAAAAAAAAAGAAGCACAUUCCUACCAGGUUUGGUGUUGUCAGGGCGAGCGGCGUACCGGCUGGUGACAAAAUGAGGAGGGGCGUUUCUGGGGCCAUGAUGCUGCUGCUGCUGCUUUUUUCAGUUGCCCGAUGCGGUUUGACCUCACCAGGGAGACCGGUCCUGCUCGGCUGCCGGUCCCCUGAGAAGGAGACGUUCACCUGCCGGUGGGAGCCGGGCUUGGACGGAGGACUGCCGACGACGCACCGCCUCUACUACCAGAAAGAAGGACUGGAGGGAACGCAGGAGUGUCCGGACUACCACACGGCCGGGAGGAACUCCUGUUUCUUCGACAAGAACCAUACGUCCAUUUGGGUGGACUACUACCUGACCGUGGUGGCCUCCAACGCCCUCAGGAACGCCACGUCGGACGUUCUGAAGAUAGACGUGAUGGAAAUUGUCAAGCCCGACUCGCCUGAGAAUGUGGCACUGGAGGUGGAAAACCGUGCGGAAAGUCUUAGUCUACACGUGAGCUGGGAGCAUCCGCGGAAUGUUGACACCAAAUCUGGCUGGGUCACACUGGAAUAUCAGCUACGAGCUAGACAACAACGAGGCAACUGGAAGGAGUACAUGGCUGGCACACAAACCCGAUUCACGCUCUACAGCGUCCAUCCCGGCACGGUGUUUCUGGUCCAGGUGCGCUGUCGGCUGGAUCACGGCUCCUGGAGCAAGUGGUGUGAGACCUCCUACGUAAAGAUCCCCAACAAUAUCUAUAACGAAAAACCCUUGUGGAGCCUAAUUUUGGCUCUCUCUGCCUUUCCAUUUCUUGCAACCCUGUGCAUCGUAGUCACCAAGAGGAAAAGCGUGAAGCAGUGUUUGCUCCCGCCUGUUCCUGGUCCAAAGAUACAAGGGGUUGACGUCACACUUUUCAAGAGGGUGGGUUCUGAGGACAUGGUCAGUGCGCUGAUCAUCAACCAGAGCAUUCUUCCUCCGGUGGCCUGGAAGGACCACAUGGACGACUACCUGAUUGUAUCGGACAACGAUGGCGGGCUUCUACCAGACAAAAAGAGGAGCUUGGUUAUGCCCCCGAGCUUCCGUUUAGACUUCCACUACAAGGACCGAGUGGAGCGGUCCAACCUGAACACUCAGUCAGUCGCAAACCAGGAGGCGUCAAAUCCUGUCGCGCCCAACGGUUGCUACGUGGACCAUGGGAUGUACCUCGGGAUGGAUGCGAAACCCAAGCCCGAGUCCAACUACAGCAGAGUGAAAGAGGUGAAGUCUGUCAAAAUGCUCCUCCUGGACAGAGGAUGCUACACGGAGGUGCCCAGACCAAGUGAACUCCUUGACAACUACAGCCAGGUGGAGGACGUGAACAAUGACAAUAGAGUUCUAUUCCUCCAUAGACGGAGCGGACAGUGGGAGUCCUCGUGUGGAGAAGACGAGCGCCGCCAAAGAAAACCACCGCCCAGAAACGCUCCCACGGACGUGGGUCUUAUAGAUGGCGGCUAUGUGGAGAAGGUCCCAACUCCAAUGUACUGAAUGGUACUUUUUCUUUACACAAACACAAGAAAAGGAACCUUCGUCAGUUCUUGAGCAACACGUUUCAUGUUCAUAAUGGUCCGAUUAUAGAAUAAAAUAUUUAGUAAAUUUCAAUCAAUGGGCAGCACGUUACAACAGGGCUUAGUGCAUUUGCCUCACGAUACGAAGGUCCUGAGUUCAAUCCCAGGCUCGGGAUCUUUCUGUGUGGAGUUUGCGUGUUCUCCCCGUGACUGCGUGGGUUCCCUCCGGCUUCCUCCCACCUCCAAAAAACAUGCACCAGGGGAUAGGUUGAUUGGCAACACUAAGUUGGCCCUAGUGUGUGAAUGUUGUCUGUCUAUCUACUAUGUUGGCCCUGCGAUGAGGUGGCGACUUGUCCAGGGUGUACGCCGCCUUCCGCCCGAAUGCAGCUGAAAUAGGCUCCAGCACACCCCACCCCGCACAAGCGUUACAAAAUGGAUGGAUGGAUCAAUCAAUGGGCAAACUAACCCUAAGCUAACCUCAAACUUUCCCUGAUACAGGUGGUCCUCGUUCCAUGAAGUUUCGUGUUUACGAAUGCCCAUCCAUCCAUUUUCUACCGCUUAUUCCCUUUUGGGGUCGCAGGCGCCUAUCUCAGCUACAAUCGGGCGGAAGGCAGGGCCAACACAGAUGGACAGACAACAUUCACACACUAGGGCCAAUUUAGUGUUGCCAAUCAACCUAUCCCCAGGUGUAUGUCUCGGGAAGUGGGAGGGGCCUAUCCCCAGGUGCAUGUCUUUGGAGGUGGGAGGAAGCCGGAGUACCCGGAGGGAACCCACGCAUUCACGGGGAGAACAUGCAAACUCCACACAGAAAGAUCCCGAGCCUGGGAUUGACCCCAGGACUGCAGGACCUUCGUAUUGUGAGGCAGACGCACUAACCCCUCUCCCACCGUGAAGCCCGUGUUUACGAAUGUAAUCCCAUAACUGCACUUUUUUAGCCUUUAAAGCCUUCCAUCAUCGUUUUAUAUACACACUGCAAGUAUAUAUAUAAUGUAGUAGCAGACACGUUCAUAACAAUAUGUAACACUUUUUUUUCCCCAAAUUCCAUUGUAUGUUAUACUCUUAUGACACCACCAGAUGGCAGUAUAAGUGUCCACAUAAGUGGCCGUAAGACCUCAACUCAGUAGUUUUGGAAAUAAGAGCUAAAAGGUGCUGUCCACGCAUGUGGUCACUAAACCUUUAGAAGUUUAUUUAUUUUAGCAAAACAUAGGACUAUGUUUCUUACUUAUUUUUCUAAUAAACCUGACCUAAGCCUAAUAAUACAGACAUAAUUAUUGAAUACAAAGAAAAUCAAGAGUAAUAUUUCUAUUUCAGAGGUAAUAUUUGUUGUGGAAAAGUUGGGCCCUGAGGUCAACAAGUUUAAGAAACCCCUGGUAUAGACUGAGGACGCACAGUAAAAGCUAAACUUUCCUUAACUCGUUAUCAUCGCGUUAACUUUGACAGCCCCAGGUUUGAGUUAACUUUAUGUCUCCAAAGUGUAUGGUUGACCUCUCUGGUGGCAUCGUGGAAAAGGAAGCAAACAUAAAUAUGGAAUUAGACAUCGUAAAACUCUGGGGAAUCAAGCGACUCGGGAACAUGUAAAGGGGAACUUUUACAAUAAAAUGAGCAGUGAUAACUCAGUGUGCGUAGUAGUCUCAUUUUUGCAGGAGGGGCGGAACUCGUUUGAUGGAGAUGAACCUGCAAAAGUACCUAGCAGGUGGGACGGGCUUUUCAAAUUCCCAGGGACUUUUAAGGGGCGGUGGAAACCACACAGAUUUGAGGUCAAGACAUUCAUGGAAUGCAAAGUGCCUGGAAAAGACGACCAUACUGGCAAUUAAUAACAACAAAGAUGUUUCUGCACUGGUUUUCCACUUUGUAACAUGUUAUUUGGCAAGUGGGACAACUAACUAACUCGCUAUACAUCUUGCCAAACAAUGUAAAGUCACGUGACACAUUUUCACCUGGUGAACGUGUUUGAAAGUUGGCUCAAACUGAAUGUCAAGUCAAUUCUACUUUUACAAACAUAAUUAUAUAUUUUUGAUUGCAAGGCUGUCCUUUGUCACCGAUUCUGUUCAUAACUUUUAUGGACAGAACUUCUAGGCGCAGUCAAGGCGUUGAGGGGCUCCGGUUUGGUGACCGCAGGAUUAGGUCUCUGCUUUUUGCAGAUGAUGUGAAGUGAAGUGAAUUAUAUUUAUAUAGCGCUUUUCUCUAGUGACUCAAAGCACUUUAAAUAGUGAAACCCAAUAUCUAAGUUACAUUUAAACCAGUGUGGGUGGCACUGGGAGCAGGUGGGUAAAGUGUCUUGCCCAAGGACACAGCGGCAGUGACUAGGAUGGCGAAAGCGGGAAUCGAACCUGUGACCCUCAAGUUGCUGGCACGGCUGCUCUACCAACCGAGCUAUGUGGUCCUGAUGGCUUCAUCUGACCGGGAUCUUCAGCUCUCACUGGUUCGGUUCGCAGCCGAGUGUGAAGCGACCGGAAUGAGAAUCAGCACCUCCAAGUCAGAGUCCAUGGUUCUCGCCCGGAAAAGGGUGGAAUGCCAUCUCCGGGUUGGGGAGGAGACCCUGGCCCAAGUGGAGGAGUUCAAGUACCUAGGAGUCUUGUUCACGAGUGGGGGAAGAGUGGAUCGUGAGAUCGACAGGCGGAUCGGUGCGGCGUCUUCAGUAAUGCGGACGUUGUACCGAUCCGUUGUGGUGAAGAAGGAGCUGAGCCGGAAGGCAAAGCUCUCAAUUUACCGGUCGAUCUACGUUCACAUCCUCACCUAUGGUCAUGAGCUUUGGGUCAUGACCGAAAGGAUAAGAUCACGGGUACAAGCGGCCCAAAUGAGUUUCCUCCGCCGUGUGGCGGGGCUCUCCCUUAGAGAUAGGGUGAGAAGCUCUGCCAUCCGGGAGGAACUCAAAGUAAAGCCGCUGCUCCUCCACAUGGAGAGGAGCCAGAUGAGGUGGUUCGGGCAUCUGGUCAGGAUGCCACCCGAACACCUCCCUAGGGAGGUGUUUAGGGCACGUCCAACCGGUAGGAGGCCACGGGGAAGACCCAGGACACGUUGGGAAGACUAUGUCUCCCGGCUGGCCUGGGAACGCCUCGGGAUCCCCCGGGAAGAGCUAGACGAAGUGGCUGGGGAGAGGGAAGUCUGGGUUUCCCUGCAUAGGCUGUUGCCCCCGCGACCCGACCUCGGAUAAGCGGAAGAAGAUGGAUGGAUGGAUGGAUGCAUGGAUUGCAUUUAUUUGCCAAUAGGUUGGUUCUUGUGGUUGUUGUGAGCAGUGGUGUAGGACAGUGGUUCUCAAACUUUUUUUCAGUGAUGUACCCCCUGUGAACAUUUUUUCAUUUCAAGUACCCCCUAAUCAGAGCAAAGCAUUUUUGGUUGGAAAAAAAGAGAUAAAGAAGUAAAAUACAGCACUAUGUCAUCAGUUUCUGAUUUAUUAAAUUGUAUAACAGUGCAAAAAUAUUGCUCAUUUGUAGUGGUCUUUCUUGAACGAUUUGGAAAAAAAUAUAUAAAAAUAACUAAAAACUUGUUGAAAAAUAAACAAGUGAUUCAAUUAUAAAUAAAGAUUUCUACACAUAGAAGUAAUCAUCAACUUAAAGUGCCCUCUUUGGGGAUCGUAAUAGAGAUCCAUCUGGAUUCAUGAAAUUAAUUCUAAACAUUUCUUCGCAAAAAAAGAAAUCUUUAACAUCAAUAAUUAUUGAACAUGUCCACAAAAAUGUAGCUGUCAACACUGAAUAUUGCAUUGUUGCUUUUCUUUUCAGUUUAUGAAUUUACAUUCAUAUUUUGUUGAAGUAUUAUUCAAUAAAUAUAUUUAUAAAGGAUUUUUGAAUAGCUGCUAUUUUAAGAAUAUUUAAAAAAAAUCUUCAAGUACCCCCAAGGGUAAGCGUACCCCCAUUUGAGAACCCCUGGUGUAGGAUGUGUGUGGAACCUUAGUAGCUAAUAUUAGUCAGUCAGACACAAAGAAAUGACCAAUUUUCUCUUCUUAUUUCUUUAGUCUUUGCAAUUUGUGCAGAUUAAAUGAAAAAACGUAAACACAGGCGGUAAACUAGACUUUAAAUAAACACAACGCCAGACUGUUUCUUUUUCAGUCCAUACUUAAGUUCAUUCGACAAGAGUUAGAUAUUCCAAACUGCGCUCAUCACAAACACGCUGAGAAAAUAAACAUAUUUUGAUCUUUACCACACAAAUACAACAUUUUCAAUGUUUGCAUUGAGAUAUUUGAAAACAAUUUCAUAAAAACACAAUUAUUUCAUGACUAAAACAAAAAACAAACACCGGUAUUCCAAACUCUCAAUAAAAUAUGUAAUCACUGAUGCAAUCUAUAUUUAAUAAUUUUACCUUUUUUAACACAUGAUUGUAUUCAAGCUACUAUGCUUUCCCAAUGAUCAUAAAUACAAUACAUUUUAUUAAAACUAAACUACUAUAGAGCCAGUCUGAUGGUACUUUCACAGCUUACUUCUUGUUGUCGAGUCAUUAAAACAUCCAUCACAAUUUCUUAAAGCUCAAACAGAAAUAUUAGAUUUUGUCUUCUGCAGUCAACCAAAAGCAAAUAAGGAAAUUCAUAUUAAUGGGAUUACUGUGAGGGACUGGUUUGGUUCUAUGAAGUUAAAGUGAAAAUCUCUUCUAAAGACAGGUCUUUUUUAUCAAGCUGAUUAGCAGUGAAAGAUGUAGUUGAAAAUGUGCUGCAAAAAUGUAGCAAUGAGACCUCCGGGGGUCAACAAAUGUGAAGAGUUGGACAUCCUUAAAAUCCAAAAGUAGUCAUCCCUGAAAGUUUGCAUAUCUUUUGAUCUACAGUAGAUGUUUUGAUAACAUUUAACCUGAGGGACCUCACCGCACAUUCGCCGCUGUCAGCUCUUCUCGUCUUCAUCAGUGUGCUCGGUACACUCGGCGAAGCGAGCCCACGUGUGGAAGUUCAACGACUCAAAGUUGCAAUCAUUCUCCAACAGUUUCCUCCACAAUUGUCCUGCAAAAAACGUGCAAAUUAAUUAACAUGAUUCAACGCUGUAAUUAUAGCCGGGGCAUUUCCAUUUCCGACCUAAACUAGCCUUCUAUUGCACAGCACAGCAGCGACAGAACCAAUGUUGAAUAUAAGGAUGUCCCGAUCCAAUUUGGUAUCGGUCCAAUAUCAGCAAAAAAAACAAAACAAGUAUUGGAUAUCGGCUAGCAGCGAUACAAGCAGUCCAGCAGCGUGUUUACUUGUGCAAAUCUUUACAGCCAGUUAACAUCUAAAUGUCAUCCAAAAAAGUGAAGUUGAUCUGCCGCUUCUUUUCUUUCUCCUAUGUCCCCCCCCUCCCUUGUGGAGGGGGUCCGGUCCGAUGACCAUGGAUGAAGUACUGGCUGUCCAGAGUCGAGACCCAGGAUGUACCGCUCGUCGGGACCCAGGAUGGACCGCUCGCCUGUGUAUUGGUUGGGGACAUCUCUACGCUGCUGAUCCGCCUCCGCUUGAGAUGGUUUCCUGUGGACGGGACUCUGGCUGCUGUCUUGGAUCCGCUUGAACUGAACUCUCGCGGCUGUGUUGGAGCCACUAUGGAUUGAACUUUCACAGUAUCAUGUUAGACCCGCUCGACAUCCAUUGCUUUCGGUCCCCUAGAGGGGGGGGGGUUGCCCACAUCUGAGGUCCUCUCCAAGGUUUCUCAUAGUCAGCAUUGUCACUGGCGUCCCGCUGGAUGUGAAUUCUCCCUGCCCACUGGGUGUGAGUUUUCCUUGCCCUUUUGUGGGUUCUUCCGAGGAUGUUGUAGUCGUAAUGAUUUGUGCAGUCCUUUGAGACAUUUGUGAUUUGGGGCUAUAUAAAUAAACAUUGAUUGAUUUACAAAAGGUGAA